AUGGUGAGUAAAAAUAAUGUAACCGAGUUAAUUUUCACUGGUCUUUUCGAGGAUCCAGAGGUGCAGAGAGUGUGCUUUGUGGUGUUUCUUCCCGUGUACUUGGCCACGGUGAUAGGCAAUGGCCUCAUUGUUCUGACGGUCAAAGCCAGUAAGAGUCUGCAUUCCCCCAUGUACUUCUUCCUUAGCUACCUGUCCCUGGUGGAAAUCAGCUAUUCCUCUACUAUUGUCCCUAAAUUCAUCACGGUUACCAAGAUUAGAACCAUCUCACUGGAGGGUUGUCUGGCUCAGAUAUUCUUCUUUCACUUCUUUGGGGUCACUGAGAUCCUCUUGCUUGUGGUAAUGGCUUAUGACCACUCUGUGGCCAUCUGCAAACCCCUUCAUUAUAUUAACAUUAUGAAUCGUCUGUGUCAUGUAUUAGUGGCUGGUUCCUGGCUUGGGGGCUUUUUUCAUUCCAUAAUUCAGAUUCUCAUCACCAUCCAAUUGCCCUUCUGUGGUCCCAAUGUGAUUGACCACUACUUCUGUGAUCUCCAGCCAUUAUUCAAGAUUGCCUGCAGUGACACCUCUGUGGAGGGGGUUAUUGUGUUGGUCAGUAGUGGCUUAAUUGCUCUGUGCUCCUUCCUCAUCUUGGUGACCUCCUACAUUGUCAUUCUGGUCAACUUGAGGAACCAUUCAGCAGAGGGAAGACGCAAAGCCCUCUCCACCUGUGCUUCUCACAUCACGGUGGUCACGUUGUUCUUUGGACCUGCCAUCUUCUUCUACAUGCGACCCUCCUCCACCUUCACUGAGGAAAAACUGGUGGCCGUGUUCUACACAGUGGUCACCCCCAUGCUGAACCCCAUCAUCUACACACUCAGAAAUGCAGAGAUGAAAAUCGCUAUGAGGAGGUUGUGGGGCAAAAAGGAGAACUCAGGGGUGGAGUGA